GUUCGACUUCCUACUCAGAAACGUACGAGUCAACUCAACCUAGUCAGAUAGUCGAGGAAGAAUAUCAGUAUAUCACCCAAAACAAACAAAAAAACGAAAUCUGAAGAAAAUUUGUGAGAAAAAAUGGGUGAAGAAGAUCAAAAUGAAGCUCAAAAGAUAAAGAAAAUAGCUGCAGCAGCAUACAAUUACGAAAAUGACCCUAGAUGGGCUGAUUAUUGGUCCAACAUCCUUAUCCCUCCUCACAUGGCUUCUCGCUCUGAUGUUGUUGAUCACUUCAAACGCAAAUUUUAUCAGCGUUACAUCGACCCUGGUCUUCAAGUUGAGCCAAUGUCUCUUACCGGAUCCUCUCCAUCAGCUAGGCAAACAUCAUCGACGCCUGCAAGUGACCAGUCAAGACCUCGUAGCUCAGGUAAUAAUACUAGAACUUCUGGAUCUGGAACAUCAACUCCUCCGAGUCCUGGUUCAGCCCCAACUGCAAUGCGCUGGGACAAGCAGACCAUACUAUUUUCUGUGAAUGCCUGGGUGUUUGUGUUGGCUUUACUUUCAACCUUUCCCCUCAUUCCUGCCAAUCUUUCAAACAGGGCUUAUCGCCUAUCUUUACUGGGCACUGCAUGUUCCUCAUUAUAUUCUUUGUACUCACUAUAUGGGACCCCUAGGGCGUGGAAUAUGCAAGCAGUUCAAAUGUGGUUGCAGUCAAUACUUGCAACAAAGGAUUUUAUCUACUUUAUAUACUCCCUCAUGUUCGUCACAUCGAAUCUUUGCCUCAGAUUUGCUUUGAUUCCCAUCCUAUGUCGAUCGCUAGAGCAUGUUGCCAAGUUUCUAAGGCGCAAUUUCAGUAGUUCUUCCUUAUACAGAAAAUACUUGGAAGAGCUUUGUGUCUGGGUGGAAUCUAAUGGUACCACCCUCAGCAUAUUGUCCUCACAUGCUGAAGUUGGACUUGGUUUCCUUCUUAUCAUCUCUUUAUUAUCAUGGCAGCGCAACUUUAUCCAAAUUUUCAUGUAUUGGCAGCUGUUGAAGCUCAUGUAUCACGCCCCUGUUUCUGCUGGUUAUCACCAAAGUGUAUGGACUAAGAUCGGUAGGAGCGCCUAUCCCGCCAUUCACCGCUAUGCCCCCUUCCUUAACACACCCCUUUCUGUCGUUCAAAGAUGGUGGCUCAGGUAAUCGGAUCAUCAAUGAACUUCAUAUCAUGUGGGUACAGAUUUCAACUUCUUCAAGAGGUUCCAUGACAUGCAAGGAUGUAAAUCCAAGGAACCAACUUCGUUAUAUGGUGUGGAGGAUUUUUUUUACUUUCUUUUGGCGGAUCAGUGAUUACUAGUGCUCCUCUUUUUUGGUCGUGAUACCUCGUUAUUCCUACAUGGACUGACUGAUUUUAGAUAAUAAUUCUUGGGAACUUUUUGGUGUACUAGUCUUUGAUUAGUAAGUAAUACAAGUAUAACAUACUGACGUA